AUGAAAUUUUCCUUACGGAGAUUUACUAAUGACUUGAUUUCAGGAGAGCCUUCGCAAAUUCUGAUGUUAAUUAUUUUAACAUGCGUCUUUAUUUCUGCAUUUUUUACUGAUAUAAUUGGUGUGCAUCCGAUAUUUGGGGCAUUUAUGGUAGGAGUUAUUGUACCUAGGACAAAUGGUUAUGUGAUAAAAAUCACGGAGAAAUUAGAAGAUUUAGUACAUAUNGUUUUAAUUCCUAUUUAUUUCGCUUUAGCUGGACUAAAUGUGAAUAUAGGAUUAUUGAAUAGAGGUAUUGAUUGGGCCUAUACUAUAGGUAUAAAUUUGUUAGCAAUGAUAGGUAAAAUUCUUGGAGGGUUUAUUGCUGGAAAGCUUAAUAAAUUACUCUGGUGUGAGUCAUUAGCUGUAGGNGUUUUGAUGUCAUGUAAAGGAAUUGUUGAAAUUGUUGUUUUAACGGCGGGAUUGAACGCAGGAAUUAUCUCUCAAGGGUNUACUCAAUGUUUAUUUUAUGACGUUAGUUACUACUUUUUUGACUACUCCUUUGACUUUACUAGUCUAUCCUGUUGA